ACCCAGCCGCGCCUGGGCGGGUUGGAAAAACAGCUUGCUGAAGCGCGGGGUUCCCGGAGCGGCGAGCCCGGUUUUUCUGGACAUCGGGGCUGCCUGGCAUCCUCAGGAAGAUCAAAAUGGAAGGCCUAUCUGAUGUUGCCUCUUUUUCAACUAAACUUCAAAACACUCUGAUCCAGUAUCAUAACAUUGAAGAAGAUAAGUGGCGAGUUGCCAAGAAAAUGAAAGAUGUCACAGUUUGGAGAAAACCCUCAGAAGAGUUUAAUGGAUAUCUCUACAAAGCCCAAGGUGUUAUGGAUGAUACUGUCAGUAAUGUAAUAGACCACAUACGCCCAGGGCCCAGCCGUUUGUAUUGGGACCCGUUAAUGACUUCACUGGAUAUUUUGGAGCACUUGGAAGAGAAUUGCUGUGUGAUGCGUUACACCACUGCUGGUCAACUUUUGAAUAUUAUUUCCCCAAGAGAGUUUGUUGAUUUCUCCUAUACUGUGGGCUAUGAAGAAGGACUUUUAUCCUGUGGGGUGAGUCUCGACUGGAGUGAAACAAGGCCGGAAUUUGUCCGUGGCUAUAACCAUCCCUGCGGCUGGUUUUGUGUGCCGCUCAAAGACAGUCCAAGCCAGAGUCUUCUGACGGGCUAUAUUCAAACGGAUCUGCGCGGCAUGAUCCCUCAGUCCGCGGUGGAUACAGCAAUGGCCAGCACUUUAACCAACUUCUAUGGUGAUUUGCGAAAAGCUCUACGAAAGGCCUAACACGUUCCGCUCCCAGUGCUGAGGUCUGUUGAGUCUGUCCUCCCUUCCCUCAGCUGCAUGAUCUGUAAAUGUCAUCAGUCCCGUCUGCUGCGCAGCCCGUAGAAACAUGGAAGGUGUUUGGGUUCCCUAGUACAACCUCGUUUUAUGUGGAAAGUAAGUAGCUAUGUAAAUAGGGCAUUUCGGUUUUCUUAAGCAUUGUUUGCACCUUGUUUGGUUGUGGAAGUCUGUGGAAAGGAUGAAAUACCAAGAUUUAGAUACAGGUCCUUUAGCGUAGUCUAUUCACAAAAGUGAAAUUGCCUCAGGAUAAAGUAUUUGGCUGCUUGGAAAUUACGAAGUGUGCAAGCACAAUGCUUUUCAUGUUAUUUUGGAGCUUUGUGAACAUUUUGUAAAAUUUUUAAUGAUUGUUAAUGUAAAUGUUGUGCUUUACUCCUGGUAUGUUAUGUGAGUUUGCCAAUAGCUUAGACAAGAGGAAAAGUCCUCCAUAGUCUGUGAAGGUAAAUGCAUUGUUCAUUGACUUGUACUAUGUCACCUAUUAGAAAGACCACAGUGACAAGAGAGUAGCCAUUCUUGUAACCAUAGGCACAAUUAAAUACAGUUUAAUUUUGAUAUCUAGGUAGCAUUCUUCUGUAAACCCUAUAAAAACAUGCCUGUGUCUUUAUGUGCAUAUUUAUUCUGGGAGUGACUGAAAACAGCCAGGUAUCCACUGGUGACAUCACACUGAGCAGUAGCUGACAUAGGAAACAGCCAGCGGUGGCCCCUCCUCACCAGCAGAAGGUCAUUGCUAAAAAGUGGAAUUCAGUGACUGUUCUACACAUACUUCAUUUUUUAAAAUAUCACUGAACUUGUAGCUUUGGUCUGGAACUGUAACAGAUGCAUCCUCAGAUUCAGCCAGAUGCUUAGAUGCCCUGGUGUGACUAGAAUGGACUAUAAAUGGGGCUAUCUUAAGAGAACAUUCCGUCACGAUUGUGACAUUGAAAAUCAUUCUUUGACUUUGGAAUGUCUACCUGGUUCCUUGUAAACGGGGAUCUGUGGUGACUCCGUGUCCACUCCCAUCCUUGUGUUUCCAUGAGCCACCUCACUGUUCAGUGUCAGCCCCUUCUGUUACGGUUCUCCUCUCCACUGCUGUGCUUACGUGUUCCCUUUCCUUUGGCUGGUUG